CUUGGGAAUACCCUAUGCUGCAUGUAUGACUGUUCAUCUCGAUUUUAGUAAGUAUUUUUAAAUAGUAAUUCAGAAUGGAAAGCAUUGAAUUUGCUUUUAGUAUGUAACUUAUACCUGGGAUUUUUUCCGGAAUAUGGUUAAAAUCUGCUUAAAACGACCCAGUACCAUUGUCGGGCACAAGUCGCGACUGGAGGAUAAGACAAGAUACGUAUGUGGGGUUCCUCUGCAUCUUUUACCGCAAUUAACAUAGACAUUGUUCAGAGCUUAGUUUUAUCAUCUCGAUGUCGAUUGUACCACAACUGAGUGACUCUUAAAGCAAAUCUUGCCACGCACCUGUAUGCGGAACCAGCUGCCCAAUUAAGUAUUUCUGAUCUAAUUCGACUUAAGGUCCUUCAAGAAAAAAGCGUACCAAUUCUUAAAAGGCCGCCAAUGUCCUUGCCAGCAUUCUGGUAAUGUGAUGGUUCACAAAAAACAUAUUUCGUUUUAUAAUUAUACUAAUAAAAGUCUAUCAUUUUAUAUACUACAUUAAAAUAUAUUUCAUUCCAUUUUUUUUUAUUGUGAUACCUUGGGCUUUUUUUCCUUAUUUUGUAAUCCCUUUAUACCAUUUCUUUUCUUUCCGUUGAUGCAUCGCUCCACUACUUUUGACAUAUCUGUAGUUUUCCUGUGCUUAGGUAACUUUUAUUUUAAAUGGUCGUAAUGAAUAUUAAUUUGUCUAAUUCAGGUGAAAUUAACUUGUGUAAUCAAUAGCGCGUUACAAGUAUAAGUAAUUAUAUUAAUAUGUAUCUAUAUGAUAAGUUUCAAAACGUAACUGUAAUAUACCAUCGUAAUAGUUUAGUAUGUUUCAAUUAGUAUGGGUGCGAAUACCUACUAUAUUAAUAACGAAUCAAUUGUUUUUAUAAAUCUAGAGAAAAACAAAAAAUAUGUAUGUAAACGUUAUCCACGUAUUUAUCAUAAUAUUUUCGUUGUUACACGUCGCUACUUAUGUGUCGGUUAAUAAACACAUAAUUGUGAACACCAGUACUGGUUUAGUGAGAGGUAAAUUAAAUGUAUACAAAAAUUUUAGUUACUAUUCUUUUCAAGGCAUACCCUACGCCGAAGCCGUGUCAGGUGAAUUUAGAUUUAUGCCGCCAACACCAAAGGCGCCUUGGCCACAUAUCCUUGAUGCAACACAAGAAAGUCCUGUGUGUCCUCAAUUAGAAUUAGUGUACAGGAGAGAUCAGAUUAGUGAGGAUUGUUUGUACCUUAACAUAUACAUUCCAGGCAAUAUUACAAAUGAACCAUUGCCUACAUUUGUUAAUAUACAUGGUGGUGCGCUUAACAUACUAUCAGGAAAUGUCGAUAUAAUUUACGGACCUGAGCAUAUAUUACAAAAAAACAUUAUUUUUGUUUCAAUGAAUUACAGAUUGAAUGUGUUUGGAUUUUUAUCUGUUAAUGAGGAAUAUGCCUGUGGAAACGCUGGUUUAAAAGAUGUGUUAUUGUCGUUAAAGUGGAUUAACAAGAAUAUACAAUUUUUCGGAGGUGAUAGCAGGAAAAUCACAAUAGGUGGACACAGUUCUGGGGGCACGUUAGCACAUUAUUUGAUGCUAUCUAAAAAAACAACUGGACUGUUUCAGCGAGUUGUUAUAAUCAGCGGAAACGCUGUUCAUCACAGGUUUUCUCUAAGGCAUGCAAAAGAUUUCACGUUUUUACUAGCAGAGAGAAUGGGUAUCAGAGCUAACGAUUCAAGGAAGAUAGUACAGAGAUUACGAGAAAUGGAAAUAGAGGAGCUUUCUAAAGGAUAUUUGCGGUUGAUACCGACAGAUCCAUAUGCCAUAAUAAGACCAUUUUCACCAUUCGCGCCGACUGUUGAUAAGGCCUGUACCAAUGCAAUCAUAGAAAUGGAACCAGAGAAAAUAUUAAAAAAUGGAAUACCUCAGAAUGUUCCAGUCCUAACAGGUGUAAAUACAAAUGAAGGUAUUUACAUGAUACCAUAUAUAUUAAAGGAUAAACGAAAUGUAGAAAGACUAAAACACAAUUUAGAAAUUCUCAUCCCAUCUAACAUUGAGUACCCGCAAGGUUCCAGUGAAGCAAUAGACUUGUCAAAAUCUAUCACACAUUUUUACUUUGGAAAAGUCAAUAUAACGGAUGAUGAAUUUUGCUUACUGUGCCUUACGAAUUAUAUUACCGAUAUUCAAAACAUUUAUAGUAUUGAUUGGUGGGUAAGAACACACAAGGCGCGAAAGGGCAGUAACAAGGUGUAUUUAUAUCAAUUUGACUUUGACGGAAUGCUAAAUUGGGCUAAGUUACGCUAUAAUAUAAGUUUUCCAGGUGUUUCUCAUGCAGAUGAACUGGGUUACUUAUUUAGAACUAAGGUCACAAAUUUUUUUGAAGAUACUGUUGAUAGCAGAACUGAGCAAAUGCGUGAAACCAUGACAGUUUUAUUUACCAACUUUAUAAAAUAUGGGAAUCCUACACCGCCACACAAGAAAAACGAUAUCAUAUGGCCGGAAUAUGGUGCAGAACAACAUUUUCUUCAAAUAAAUGACAGACUUCGAGUUAUGAAGCGGGCUAAUGCAGAAAAAACGGCUAGUUUUAAUUUUUGGGAUGAAGUAUAUAACAGUUACUAUAAUUAUGUCAAACGCGGUGGUAGACUGGAAAAGAAAGUGAUAUCCUAAAUAAACCUUUUUGGCUUUUCA